AUGCUGACAUGGCGUCGCACCUUCGUCACGUCUCUCGCCAGGCUGAAUCGUAACCCCCCGGCAACAGGCGCAAAUCCGACACUUCUCCGGUGCGCCCAAGUCCUCCGAAACAGCCAGCAAAAGCCCUGCAGUCUCGAAGACCAGGAAAUCAAACUGCACGGCUACAUUCGCUCUGUCCGCAAGCAGAAACGUUUUGCGUUUGCAGAGAUCUCCGAUGGAUCUGCCGUGGAUGCUGUACAGGCGAUCUUGAAGCCUGCACAAGCGGCUGAAUUAUCAACUGGGACCGCAAUUGAGAUAUCAGGCAUAUGGAAGGCCUGUCCGCCUGGCAAGGAGCAGACCCAUGAGCUACAAGCGACGGCAGUGGACGUUGUGGGCAAGGCAGACCCAGAGACAUACCCUAUUCAGAAAAAAUACCACAGUCCUGAAUUCCUCCGGCAGAUUCCGCACCUCCGAUUCCGAACGCCUCUCAACUCCCUCCUUGCUCGUUUCCGAUCUGAAUGCCUAUACCAGCUUGGGAAUGUCUUUCGCGCUGCUCCAAACGGCGGGUUCAUACAGGUCCACCCACCGGUGAUAACGUCGUCCGAUUGCGAGGGUGCUGGGGAGACCUUUGCUGUAAUUCCGCGCGAGACUCUGGCGACGGGCCUUCCGGACAAGGAACAUGAGCAUUUCUUCCGGGCGCCCAAGUACCUAAGCGUAUCCUCGCAGCUACACCUAGAAGCCUAUGCGGCCGAAUUAGGAAAUGUCUGGACGCUGGCGCCCAUGUUCCGGGCCGAGAAGAGCGAUACGCCUCGUCAUCUGAGUGAAUUCUACAUGCUUGAAGCUGAGGUCAACUUCCUUUCCAAUCUCGAGUCCCUUACAGAUGUGGUGGAGUACCUUCUCCGCGACCUAACACGGCGGCUCUACGAAACACCAGCAGGACAGGAAAUCCUCUCUAUAAAGCACGAGGCCAACCCGGAAUCCUCUGAGCCAAAUGCAACUCUGGACCUCCGGCAGCGCUGGCUCAAUCUCAUGGACGGACCCAAAUGGCGUCGUCUUACCUACACGGACGCCACCGCAGCACUCCAGGAAGCCGUCUCCCAAGGCAAUGUGACCUUUGAGUACGCCCCAACCUGGGAUGGCGGGCUGCAACUCGAACAUGAACGCUACCUCGUCGACGCCAUCAACGACGGCCAACCCAUUUUCAUCACAGACUACCCCAAAGCCAUCAAACCAUUCUACAUGGGCCCGUCGGCCAACGCCAGCGCAGAAUCAGAAACAGUCGCCUGUUUCGACCUCCUCCUCCCUGAAGUCAGCGAAGUCGCCGGCGGCUCGCUGAGGGAGCACCGUCUCCCAGAGCUCAUCAAGAACAUGCGCGAGCAUGGGCUUAUCAAGUCGUCGUCUGAGAAUGCAGAAUCGCAAGACUAUCCCCACCUUCUCCCAGGAGAAGACCUCAGUCAUUUGCAGUGGUAUGCUGACCUGCGACGGUGGGGGACUGCGCCGCAUGGUGGAUUCGGACUCGGGUUUGACCGGUUCCUGGGAUAUCUGACUGGAGUGUCGAGUAUAAGGGAUACAGUUGCGUUCCCGAGGUAUUUUGGUCGGGCGGAUUGCUAG